ACGCAGCGUGCGCUUGGAAAACACUGAGAACCUAGGAGCUCCUCCUUUGGUUUCCUGAAGUGAGAGAAAGAGCAGCUCCGGCCCCUCCUCCUGCCUGCCGCCUCUCCUCUCACACGUCUCCGCUGGCAGUGCAGUGAGCGGUAAGGGCGGCUCGCAGAGCCUGGAAUAGCACGGCACGUGUUCGGGAAAGAAUGGAUACAGACGGAGCCCAAAGACAUAGAACGAGCCCAGUGUGACCCGGGCGAACCGCCGCCGCUCUACACACCUGCUGUGCCUUGUACGACGUCCAUUCCGCUGACGGAGGGGGGAAUGGCCUGGGUGAAACUGUUCCGCCGCCAGGCUGGGGGGAACCUGGGGAAGGUCUACCAGCCGGGCAGCGUCCUCUCCUUGGCACCUACCAAGGGCCUGUUCAACGAGCCCGGCCAGAACAGUUGCUUCCUCAACAGUGCCGUGCAGGUUUUAUGGCAGUUGGAUAUAUUUCGGCGCAGUUUACGUGGACUGACUGGACAUGUUUGUUUAGGAGAAGCCUGUAUAUUUUGUGCUUUAAAGUCAUUAUUUGCACAGUUCCAAACAAGUCGUGAGAAAGUGCUCCCAUCAGAUGCCAUGAGGCUUGCGCUUGCAGAGAGCUUUAAAGAUGAACACCGUUUUCAGCUUGGUCUCAUGGAUGAUGCUGCUGAAUGUUUUGAAAACAUACUACAAAGAAUUCAUUUCCAUAUUGUGCCAAAUAGUGAGGGUGACAUGUGCACUUCAAAGUCUUGCAUAACCCAUCAGAAGUUUGCAAUGACUCUUUAUGAACAGUGUGUUUGUAGGAGCUGCGGAGCAUCAUCCGAUCCCUUGCCUUUUACAGAGUUUGUUCGUUACAUUUCCACUACAGCACUUUGUAAUGAAGUUGACAGAAUGCUGGAGAGACAUGAGCGUCUAAAGCCUGAGAUGUUUGCAGAGCUACUACAGGCUGCAAAUACUGCAGAUGACUUUAGAAAAUGCCCGAGCAAUUGUGGUCAAAAGAUCAAAAUCCGCCGAGUGCUAAUGAACUGUCCAGAGAUAGUAACUAUUGGCCUGGUAUGGGAUUCCGAGAACUCUGAUUUGACAGAGGACGUUGUACGAAAUUUGGCCACACAGCUUUACUUGCCAGGGUUAUUUUUUAGAGUGACAGAUGAAAAAGCAAAAGAAAGUAGGCUUUACCUUGUGGGCAUGAUCUGCUACACGAGCCGACACUAUUGUGCCUUCGCCUAUCACACAAAAAGUGCCAGAUGGAUUUUAUUUGAUGAUGCUUCUGUAAAAGAGGUUGGUACCAAAUGGAAAGAUGUAGUCACGAAGUGCAUUCGGUGUCAUUAUCAGCCUUUGCUUCUAUUUUAUGCCAAUCCUGACGGCACAGCAGUGCCAACAGAUGAUGCCCUGAGGCAAGUCCUUCAUUGGUCUCACUACAAGAGGGUCUUCAACAAUGACACUACAGGAUCUGAUGUGAAAUCAAAAAAGCCAGAAUAUAACAGGGAUUCCGAUGUUGGAGAGCAUAUAUAUCAGAACAGUAGUUAUAGAUCUGCAGCAGAUGAUUCAGAAUUUAAUCGAGGGGUUGUUCAAUCAAGUACUGGCCGAGGACCUGUUAAAUUGGGAAGAAACGAUCAGCAGGAAAAGUUAAAAGAUUUGUCUCGGGAAUGCGCACAAAGGGCAAAUAACCUAAAAAGCACUUCUGCACAACGAAAAAUUGUUGAUAAAUCCCAGAAGAAAGAGCAGGCUAGACCAAAAGUUACAACGUCCGGAGGUGUUCCAUACCAUUCACAGUCAUUUUCUGGAACGCAGCUCAAAUCUGGAUCUUCAAACCCAGUAAACGGCUUCAGACAGUAUCCAGAUCCUCACUUCUUCAGCAGUCAAGGCAAAGGUCCAUAUAAGCAACAGAGGCCUGACCAACAGCCCCGGCAAAUAUCCUCUACUACAGGACAGACUGCCAUACCUGAAACAAAGCAGCUAAGUCGAUUGAAGAAUAGUGCCUCAAAUGGCUAUGAUACAGACAGCAGUCAAGAGUACAGGGAAAAAGGAGCUGGCAGAACCAAAAAGGCCUGGCGGCCCAUGCGAGAGACUCUCAACGUGGACAGCAUUUUUAAUGAUAGUGAGAAAAGCCCGUCCAGUCCACGACAUUUAGCAAACGCUAAUGGAAAACAUCAUACUGCUAAGGAUCAAAGCCUUAACCACUGCUCGAAGGAGAGCCCUAAGAAAAAGGUUCUGAUGACUAUUUAUGAAGAUGAGAUCAAACAAGAAUCUGGCAGCAGAAGUUCUCUGGAAUCUGUAGGAAAAAGUCAGGCUGAAAGGAACAAACUAAAUCCAGAUUCCAAGAUGUACCAUCUUGACAGCUGGCAAAUGCAAAGAGCAGAGUCUGGAUAUGAAAGUAGUGAUCACAUCAGCAGUGGCUCAAGUAAUCUAGAUUCUCCUGUAAUUGAAGGAACCAGCUUCGCCGAUAUGAAAUGUGUUCCGGAAAUAAGCCAGUGCAGUGACCAACAUUCAGUACAUGGGUUCCUUUCUACCUCUCCACACCGUCGAAGUCCUUUGAACGGUUUCAGCAAAGAGUGCAACGGUUUGGAACGGAGUAGAUAUGAAGACAGGCUAUCUCCAGGUCCUCGAGAGCCAUCACUUAGCCCCUCUGGUCGAAGAAAACACGUCAGUGAUGUAAAACGAGAGGUUCGUUCACCAACACUUUCAUCUCGAGGUCCAAAAGAUUACAGUGUUAAAGAAACGCCCAUGAACAGACAAGAUGAUUCCCAGGAAUGUUCUCUCCGCCUGACCCCAUCCUCUUCAGAAAAUUGUUGUUUGCACCAUGUUCAUUCACCAGUGUUACAGCACAAUGGGCCACCCAAUGCUCUGUUUCUGCAUCCACACGUCAGUCCUUCACAGCCCAUCCCACAGUGCAACCGAAUACAGUAUACGAAUGCUCCUUUCUUUUCAUCUAACGAAAACCUGUCAUGCCACAGAGAUGACAGUAGCUUCACAAAAUAUCGUGACUUUAACAGCUUACCACCUCCUCUGCCUCCGAAGAAGUACUCUCGUAAUGGUGUUCCACGAAUCGAGCAACAUUUUUCACCUGCCGCCAGCACUGCACAUUCAGAAACAUUGUCAUGUGUUCAUUCAGCCAGCACUGAGAGACUUGCAUCUGGUAAUUUUGGGAGGCCAGACUUUGACUACUAUCCAACAAAAGAUACAUUUCACAGCAGCGACCUAGACAUGCACACACCACAUCUAUCUGGUUCCUCUGCGUACAACUAUCGGCCAAAGAUGGUUCAACAGCCUUUGGGAUUAGAUCAAGUAUCCCAUGUUAAUGAUACAGUUUCACUCACAACAUACUUUUCUGUGGACAACUGUAUGACUGACACAUACAGGCUAAAAUACCACCAGAAGCCAAAGGCAUAUAUGACUGAAAGUACUGCAUUCCACAGAGACCCUGGUCACUUACAGCUUACAGAAUCUCCAAUGGAACCUUCCUACCACAGAACCUUGGAAAAUGCUCAUCACUCGAUAGCACGAACAAAAAUGUCAUAUGGAAGUGUUCCUUGUAAUAGAUAGACCUUUAGGCCUCAUGGUUGUGAAAUUGUGAAACACUCCACGUGGAGUUCUUAACUCUAAAUGGUCAGCUUGGAUAAUAUCCAGGACAGAGCCAGCUUAGGUCUGGUGAGCAGCAAACUUGCUUUAACAGACAUUUUAACGCUAAAAGUCAAGCAAGGUGGAGUCUUAACUGCUUAUUUAAACAAGCUGUUUACUUGCUUACUCACCCUCCUAACGCAAAACAUUGGUAUUUUGCACAUUGCCUGGGUCUAAUGGUGUCUUGUACUUUUACGCUAAAAAAAAAGCUGUAUACCUGUAACUGUUUCGUAAGACGUCUAAGCGCUCAGAGAGAGGUCACCAAAUGUUUUCUUUUUUUUGUUAUAAGUAACAAGGAGGCAACUUAAUUUCUCCUGUUUGGAGAUCCCCUUAAAUGACAGACACUGAGCUCCUAAAAAUGCACAAUAUCUAGUCUACUAGUUCUCUAAUCGGGUAGUUCACACAACUUCGAAUAUAAAAAAAAAAGGUUAGUAUUAAUCCAGGUAUAGAAAAUUCUCUAUUUUAAAUGACUUUGUAUAUUUUUUACAUGAGCUUCAAGAUUAUAUUCAAAGCACAGAACUAUUGUAUGAAAUACUAAAUCUCUACAGUAGAGUAUAGAUUUUGCGUCUAG